AUAACGAACACCAUGCCUGCCCCGACGGAUUCGAGCUCUAAGAAGCGCAAAAGUGGCAAGAAUGCCAGCGCCCCAUCCUCGAAGCGUCGCGCUGUCGCCGAGGACGAUUUCGCCGAGCGACUCUCGACUAUUCAAGAGCUAGAGAAUCAGAUUGCGGAGUCGCGGAAGCAUUACAACAAUAUUGCGACUCUGAUUUCUAUGCUCAAUGUCGAGAAAUCUGCCGAGAAGCCCGAUCUGGCCGUGGCAGUCUCCCUCUGUCGUGUGUUCAGCCGCUUGAUUGCUGGAGGAAAUCUCACGGAAUCAACUCGCGCCGCUGAGAACGAGAAGAUCAUUGUGGCAUGGCUGAAGGAGCGCUGCAUGGAGUAUCAGAAUGCUCUUCUGGCAAUUAUGCGCGAGGCUGAUGGCACUUCUCAGAUCACUGCACUGACGCUGAGUAUGCGCCUGAUCAAGGAACGUAUUGCUCACAUCCCCGGUGCUGAGAGCACAAUUUGGUCGACCGGAUUCAAGGACAUUUUCCAGGCCGUUGUCGAGGCUCGCGGUGGCCAGGAUCUGCAGACUGAAUUCGUGAACAAAUUCAUGAAGGAGUAUGACGAAGUCAGAUAUUACACAUUCACCCAGAUGGCAGAAUAUGCCGCAACGAAGCGAACCUCGGCCAUCCUCGAAAUACUCAUCACGAUGCUUGAAACCUGCGACGAAGUGCCCGGAGCGGAGCACAAAUUCGAAAACUUCUACGCAAACCGGGAUAUCAAAAACAAGCGGUUGUCUUCGGUGAACUCUCACAAGAAGCAAGCCCAAGAGGCUUGGUUGGCUAUUCUCCGAAACAACCUCUCGCAGGCACAGCGAAAGGGUCUUUUGCGCAUGAUGGUCCACAACAUUGAGCCCUGGUUCACCCGGCCAGAACUCUUGAUGGACUUCUUGACGGACUCUUUCAAUGUCGGCGGCGCCACAUCUCUCCUCGCUCUGUCCGGCCUCUUCUACCUCAUCCAGGAAAAGAACCUGGACUACCCUCAGUUCUACGCAAAGCUCUACUCUCUCCUGGAUGCCGAGCUCCUGCACUCCAAGCACCGGUCACGCUUCUUCCGUCUGCUCAACACCUUCUUGUCAUCAUCCCAUCUUCCCGCCACCCUGGUUGCAAGCUUCAUGAAGCGUCUCUCCCGGCUGGCACUCAAUGCCCCUCCUUCGGCUAUUGUGGUUAUUGUUCCGUUCAUGUACAACUUCUUCAAGAGCCACCCCACCACAUCUUUCCUCUUGCACCGGUCAAUCCGUGACAAGGAUCUUCUCGCAGAAGUGGAAAAAGAAGGCAUGGACGACCCCUUUGAUGCCACAGAGACCGACCCCACCAUGACCAACGCGAUUGAGAGCAGUUUGUGGGAGAUCGAGACUCUCCAGUCUCACUACCACCCCAAUGUGGCUGCCAUUGCCCGUAUCAUCUCGGAACAAUUUACAAAGCAAGCCUACAGCCUGGAGGACUUCCUCGACCACACAUACCAGGGCAUGGUGACAGCAGAGCUAGGGAUGGAGGAAAGGAAUAUCCGCAAGAUUCCUGUUGUUGAGUACCAGAUCCCCAAGCGUAUCUUCACAGAUCGUCUAUUAGAAGAGGAUGGCGGGGUGGACUCUGGUGCUGGGUGUCUUAUGCGUGGCAUGUGGGAUUUCUAAGUGUUCACAAAAUUAUCAGCGUAUACCAAUUCUAUUCAAUGCAUUUUGGCAAACUUCCCCAAGGGAGUAGAUGUUGCGGGGUAUAAGUAUCGUGCUGCAUUAG